AUGAACGGUACAAAGUGGAAUCAAAAUUAUGAUUCUACUAUUCUGCAAUUUUUCAACAUUAGAAACAGAUGCACCAAAUUUAACUCAAUUGUAGAGUGUCAGUGGAAUGCACCAGAUGAAGGUUAUGUUAUGUUUUGUUGUGAUGGUGCAGCUAUUGGUAAUCCUGGUAAUGCAGGUUUUGGGAUCAUAGCAAGAGACCAAUUUUUUCAGGUACUAGGAACAAUUUCAGGAGGUAUUGGUAUAGCCACUAACUACAUUGCAGAGGUGCUUGCAGUUGUAUGUGCAAUAGAGUGGGCAGUAAGAUUAUGUUGUUAUAAAAUUGUCAUCUGCUCAGAUUCCAAGUCAGUGGUGGAAGACUUUAAGAGAGGAAAAAUUCCAUGGUUCAUUCAUGCAAGAUGGGUGAAAGCUUGUCAAUCCUUAACUGAAAUCACAUAUAUCCAUUGCUAUAGGGAAAUAAACUUUUCUGCGGAUGCUCCGGCCAAGAAAGGGGCAAGACUGAACUUGGGAGAAGUAAUACAUGAUGAAGGAAGGCCUGCCUUUCUAGUACAAAUAGAAAUUCCAGAUAGGAAAUAUUACAGAUUCUGCUAA